UUCAGCUGAUCUAUCGGUUACCAUACAAAACUAAAAAAAAUGGGAAACUCACUUUCCAGACAACGCUCAGUAGGCAGUAGCCAGUUUUGGCGUUUUGUCUACUGGUUUGUUGUACUUCUAGUUGUGGGUCUCAUUAUGUUCGGACUGGUGCAUGCUCUGAAGGCGGACUUUGGUCAGUGCUCGGAUUUUGAUAUGCGCUGUGACUGAAGUGUCAAGAAAAAAACUGAACUCAGUAAACGUUGAAAAUUCACUUUAUUUCAAGUCAAAAAAUCAACAUCGACAUAUACACGCGAUCAGAAAAAUAUACAUUUAUAUACAAUACUCAUUUAUUUUUAAUAACAAUGGACGAAGCAGAAUAUAAAUCAAAAUUAAACCAAAA